AUGUCUUUUUUAAAGAAAUUAUUCUCAAAGCCAUCAAAAGAAAAAGAAAAUUAACAGAUUCAUCAUAAUAUCAAUUAAAUUUAUAAUACUUAACCAUUCCAAAGGAAAUCAAAUCCAAUAUAUAAUUAUAAUGGUAUAUAUCGAAUUGAAUAAUUUGAAAUCAUUCUUGAAUAAUAAAUUAUAGAUCUUGAACAAUUGAAACAAUUAACUUGGAGAGGAGCUCCAUAAGGUAAUUUAUAAUAUUAUAAAAGUUUAUAGAGCUAAAGUAUGGAAACUAAUAUUGAAAUAUAUUCCACCUAAUCAUAUGAGUUAAACUAGUGUAAUUUAGAAAAAAAGACAAGACUAUAUUUAAUACAUAAAAAACUAUUAUGAACAAAUUCAUGAAAGAGACGAAAAUGAAGAAAGGAUAAAAACAAUGAUAUCAAAUGUUGUAUUAAGAACCUAACCAGAUUAUCAACUGUUUAGAGAUCCUAAAAUCUAGAAACUAUUGAAAAGAUUACUAUUUAUAUGGAGUUAAAGACAUCCAAUGAGUAGGUACUUCAUUUAUUAAAGUAGUUAUGUCUAAGGAAUAAAUGAUAUUGCAUCUCCAUUAAUUGCUGUGUUUCUUAAUGAAUAUGUUAGAGUUGAUUUCAAUAAAUUUGAUGUACCUCCUGAUUUUCAUAAACUUCCAGAUGAUAUAUUUCUUGAUAUGGAAGCUGAUAUUUAUUGGUGUCUCUGCAAAAUUAUUGAAAAUAUUCAAGAUUAUUUUAUCCAUAAUUAAUCUGGUGUAUCUUUGGCAUGUGAAAAAAUUAACAAUAUUCUAAGUUUCGUAUAUUAUUUAACUUAUAUAGAUUGAUCCAACAAUUUUAGAUUACUUUCAAUAAUAAUAAAUAGAUUUUAAUCAUUUUGCCUUUAGAUGGGUUAUAUGUCUACUAGUUCGUGAAUUCCCUCUUUAUUUAGCAAUCAGAAUAUUGGAUACUUAUCUAUCAGAAGGUGAUAAUAUGGCCAAUCUUCAUAUAUAUACAGUUUCAAAUUUAAUACUUAAAUGUGGACUUGAGGUAUUAUUAUUUACUUAGUAAUAUAGAUGAAAAAUAAAAACAUGGGUGAAGCUGUAAUCUUUUUAUAGAAUCUUCCUACUAAAGAUUGGACAGAAUUAGAUAUUGAAAUGCUCUUAUAAGAAGCAUAUGUUUUUAAGGAAUAUAUGACUAACAAACAAAGUUUGAAUUAAUCAGUGAUUUCCACUUAAUCAAAUCGAAUUUCCAAUAAAUGA